CGCCCGGAAUGGGGUUGUGCGACUGCCCUUGCGCUGCCCUUCCCUUCCCGGGGGAUUCCCAGCACCGCGUCUCCUCUGCCCCUCAGUAAUCAGGGGUAGCCAAGGGCGUGUUUUUCCACUUUUGCUCAUGUGCUCAUGGAAUGGUUUGGGUUUGAAAGGACCUUAAAAAUCAUCUCGUUGCAGCGCCCCUGCCAGGGGCAGGGACACCUUCCACAAGACCAGGGUGCUCAUAAGCCCCAUUCAGCCUGGCCUUGAACACUUCCAGGGAUGGGGAAGCCACAGCUUCUCUGGGCAUCCACAGCUUCUCUGGGCAUCCUGUUCCAGUGCCUCACUACCCCCAGCAGAAAGAAUUUCUUGCAUAUUCUAAGUAGCUUAAAUUUCCCCUCUUUCAUUUUGAACACAAGGCAUUUGCAAUGAAGUACUCAACAUUAAGUAACAUGUCUUCCACCAAACCUCCAAAUGAAAAUGAAACACCCAAAGAGAGAAAACCAGGACUGAGGAGUGUUCAGACAACUAUGCUUUUCCGAGCUGUGAACCCAGAGCUUUUCAUUAAACCUAACAAACCUGUGAUGGCAUUUGGACUGAUAGCAAUUAGCCUCUGUGUGGCUUACCUUGGUUAUUUGCAUGCAACAGCAGAGAAUAAAAAGGACCUCUACGAAGCAAUCGACAGUGAGGGGUCCAGAUACAUGAGGAGGAAAACUUCCAAGUGGGACUGAGAAUGUAAGAAAGGAGAUCAGUAAAUUACUCACAGAACCUUUCAAGGCAACUACUGCUUCUUUCCUCUUUCCUUUGAAAUAAUGGAUAAAUGUCUCUCUUGCUAUUUAAUCCAAGUUCCUUUAUAAAAUUGUGUGCCUGUACAAAUAAACUGCAGUAAAGAAAAUAAAAGUGAUUUUAAGAAUUGCCCUCUA